AUGAAAGGUAUUUCUAAGAUCCUCUCUGCCUCUAUUGCCCUGAUGAAGUUGGAGAAUGUCUAUUCAGCAACCGCACUGUGCAGCAAUGCAUAUGGCCUAACUCCGGGACAACAGGGUAUGGCUCAGCAGCCGUCGUAUGUGCUGAUCCCCAGCACCCCGGGAACCAUAGCAAACUGUGCAAGCGGUUCACAGGACACAUAUUCUCCUUCUCCCGCUGCACCCACAUCUCCAGUGACUCCGGGGAAAACUAGCGAGAAUGAGACAUCUCCAUCGGCUCCUGCAGAAGAUGUAGGAACAUGCAAGAUUGCCGUAUUGAAGCACUGCGACGCACCAGGAACAACAUCAGGGACGACACCAGGGUCAGGGCCUUGUGAAACCCCAGAGCAGCAACAGCCUUUGUCAGUGAUCUCCACCACUCCUGCCGUACCGGUGACUGUGGAGUCUGCACAGUCUCCAUCUGUUGUGCCAGUUGUUCCUGUCGUUGCUCACCACCAGGCAGUUCCAGGCUACUACAACAAUGGAACAUCCGGUAUUCCUGGACAGCAACAGAUCCUUUCUGGCACUCUUCCCCCAGGAGCCACUUUGUGUCAGGGACAGGCCAUGCCUAGCACUCCUGGACAGCAACAGAUCCUUUCUGGCACUCUUCCCCCAGGGGUCACUUUGUGUCAGGGACAGGCCACGCCUAGCACUCCUGGGCAGCAACAGGUCCUUUCUGGCACUCUUCCCCCAGGAGUCACUUUGUGUCAGGGACAGGCCACGCCUAGCACUCCUGGGCAGCAACAGGUCCUUUCUGGCACCCUUCUCCCAGGAGCCACUUUGUGUCAGGAUCAAGGUAUGCCUGGAACAUCCGGAGUUCCUGGACAGCAGGGACAGUCUAGUGGACAGUGUUGUGCCCCUCAGAUUCCAAACCCUGUCAUGCCGCCAUCCAUGAACAUUAGUGGAAAUGGGUAUCCUUCUUCUACCGCAUACAGCCCAAACCUCGGAUCACUGGGAUCCUGUGUUGACAUACAGAAGACGGGGGGGACAUCCUGCGAGCAAAAACCCGAGAAGUCCGCCACGCAGUAUGCCAUGGAGGCCUGUGCAACACCAACACCAACGGUUAUUAUAGGCAACAGCGAGUAUCUUGUUGGACCAGGAAUGUACAAUGCAAUUAACUCUCCAUGCAACACUGCUGUCCAAUGCUGCUAG